AUGGAAGAGUGUUUUAAGGAAGCGAGCCUUGCACUCGCAGAGCGUGAGGUUCCCGUCGGAUGCGCCAUCGUUGACAGUGCUGGCCGCAUACUUGCUACAGGGAGAAACGCAACUAACAAGACGCGUAACUCCACGCACCAUGCAGAGAUCAUGGCAUUGGCUCAGUUACCAUCUGGCACAGAUCUUUCUGACUGUGUGCUCUAUGUAACCAUCGAACCCUGCAUUAUGUGUGCUGCUGCCCUCUCAAUUGUGGGCCUAACAAACAUUAUUUACUUCGCCCGCAACAGCAAGUUCGGUGGCUGUGGCUCGGUACUAGAUGUAAAUAACCACACAGCACGUCCGUGGACAAAGCUGAAUGCCAAGUAUGUACCUGACGAGCGUGCAAUCCACUUGCUGCAGGAGUUCUUUGAAAGGAAGAACCCUGUGACAGCAGCAUCAGACCACGGCAUAGAUGAAUUAGAUUAUUGUUUGGACAGGGAACCCCGAUUGAAAAAUCAAAGUACAAUUUAG